UACUUCCAAGGUUAUAUUUGUAAUUUAUGCAACUCAAGAUAUUUUCCCCCAUUUGAAUUGACAUGAUCAUUUAAUGCACAUCAACUCAUUUGUACAAUUUACCCACCCCAUAUUUCUUUUACAAUUUUUCAUUUUAUAUAUUCUUCAACAGAAGUACCAUAGUCAUCUUCUACUCCAAAUUAUCAUUUCUCCAUUAAUAUCCAUGGAGACAAAUCCACCAACCUCCGAGUUAAUGUCGCCGGUCCAUAGUUUCCCCAACCGGUUCUUUAACAGCGACUUCCAAAAUGAUGAGGAAUUUAAUGCUCCAGCUUCUGUAUACACUUAUAUGCCUGUUGAUUGUUCGCGAUCAUCUGAAGCCCCUGUUAGAUCACCGGAUGUUGUGAUAUCCAACAAUUUCAUGAACAGCGCUUUUAAUUAUGACCAGGUUAUGGAUAAUGAAGAAGCAUCCCAAGAUUCCCAUAUGCAGCUCAUGCCUGGUGCUGUUUCUGGAUCAUCUCAUGGUCCUUCUCUGUUUGCUGAAUCAUCACGCAGCCAGUUAGACGGGCCAUCGAAUCCAGACUUCGUUUUUGAUACCCCUCAGGGAACCCGUUACUGGAUUCCUAACGUCGCUGAUAAGUUCAUACCAGUGUGUGGGAAAUCUUAUCCAACUUUUGCGGAUGUUCUUUCCAUGUAUGAACUUUAUGCAUUUGAAGCAGGUUUUUCUGUAAAAAAAGGGCAAACUAAAGUCUGGAAUGGAAUUCCCACACACAAGUAUCUUCGAUGCUCAAAAUAUGGAAAACCACAACCCAAGAGGACUUUUGACACCCUAGAUGAAUCUUCUGUUAAGCACCGGAGGACCAACUUCACAUGGUGUGACUGUAAGGCAAGCAUACUUGUCUCAAUCUCGAAUGAUUCAUACACAGUUCUGAGUUUCAAUGAUAUUCAUAAUCAUGAACUUGUUGAGGGUUACAACCGUGAUCUUAGCAAGAUAUCACGGAAGCUGUCAUUCUCCACCAAACAAUUCAUUCACAAUAUGAGUCUAAACCGUAUCGGACCCAUGAGAGCUUAUAGAUGUCUUGUAGCUUUAAAAGGAGGGCAUCACAAUGUCAAUGGGACUCCGGUGGAUUUUAAAAACUUUAGCCACCAGUUGCGAAUUUUUAUUGGUGAACGCGACGCACAAGUUUUCCUCGAACGCCUGCGUGAGCGCUUUGACAACCUACCCAACUUCUAUUUUGAUUACACUGUAUCAAAUGGAAAGUUGUCUGCUGUAUUCUGGGCUGAUGAGAUUUCAAAGCUAAAUUACAAAGCUUUUGGCGAUGUCCUCGCGUUUGACGCAACUUACAGCACUAACAGGUACAAGAUAGUUUUUGUGCCAUUCACGGGUGUGGAUCAUCAUUUCCAAUGUGUUACAUUUGGAGCGGGUUUGAUAUCAACCGAGUCCAUUGAAUCUUAUGUGUGGUUGCUUAAGGCUUUCUUGAAAGCACACGGUACUCAACCAACUCUCGUGCUGAGUGAUCAAGACCCAUCCAUGCUACAAGUUGUUCCUAUGGUCUUUACCGAAUCACGACACCGUCUAUGCAUGUGGCAUAUAAUGAAAAAACUACCCUCCAAGAUCUCUGCGGACGUUCUCGAUAACACUGAUCUUCGGUCCUGCAUUCACCGGUUGGUUUGGAAUGUUUAUAUCAAACCUGAAACGUUUGAGUCCCGCUGGAAUGAACUCCUACAAACAUUUGGACUUCAAGACCACAGCUGGUUGAAAGACAUGUACAACAUCAAACAUCUUUGGGUACUAGUGUACUUCAGGGAACUGCCCAUGUGUUGCUUAAUGAAGACCACUUCACGUUGCGAAAGCUCUAACAUUGCCUUCAAGGUCAACUCAACAAGCGCAAACACCCUUGUACAAUUUAUGAUGUGCUUUGAAAAUAGGGUAGACAGCCAACGAUAUCGGCAACGUGUAUCGGAGUACAAAACCUCAUCCACGAUGUUCACUGGCAAUACUGAUAUAGCGAUAGAACAGCACGCGUUCGCCAUUUACACAAACGCUGUUUUCGCGCAAGUUCAAAAGGAGAUAAUUAAAGGGAAGUUUUUAUGCUACAUCACAAACCAAACCGAGUCCGGCAAUUCCAGUCUUCUGAUAGACGUCACUCAUUUGGAUAAAAGGAACAACAUCACAAAUGUCUAUCAGACCAAUCCGCCAGUUGCUCAUGCAGGAAUUUCACACGUAUCGGAUAUCUUUGUCGCCAUAACCGAUGAGGAUUCGUUGGCCAAAUUGGUUGACCAACUCAGGGAUUUCAAGAUCAAUGUGCUUUCCAAGCAACCAUUGUCUACAAUUCAAACUGAAUCAAACGAGUGUGAAAUGGAAGAAAUAGUUGGGCAGCCAAUCAACAUUCCAGUCGAAGUUGCUAAUCCAGAAGUUGCACGCAAUAAAGGAUGUGGUACUCAUACUCGCAUUUCUGGGCCCGGUGAGAAGGCAAAGGCAAAACCACCAAAACGUCCAAAGCAGCUUCGUUUAUGCAAGCGUUGUGGUCUGUAUGUCUACGACCACGACUCAUGCAACUGCGUUAAGGUGGCUGCAAUGAAAGCAGCAAAGGCAGCUGCUGAACAACAAAGGCAGACCGCCACUGGUGCCUCACCCUCUGAUUAA